AUGGCACAAGAAGGCGCCAGUCCUGAGCUGCCUCCAGGAACUCCAGGCGAGGAGGUCGAUGGCUCAACGCGCAAGAGGGCGAGUCAAGUGAGCAAGGCCCAAGCGGGGUUGGCCGGUCUCCAGCGGAAAAACCAUGGUGCAGCCGUCAAAAUGGACGCCCCAAGGACGGGCAGACGAAUGUCAGGCGCGCCGCCUGACAUGUUUGAGGCAGAGAACCUUGACGAUGUUCUGAAAUCAUUGAUUAGCACCCAAAAGAUGGACACGGCAUGGCAGCGGAUCGGAAGGCGAGUAGCGGCAUUGGAGAACUCUGUGGAAGCACUCAGAGGAAGCGAGGGCGAUGAUUCCUUCAUCACCCGAAAGGAGUUUAUCGACUUCCUGAAAAGUCAGGAGGAGGCCGAGGCUGCAAGACAAGCAGAAGCACCGCCGGAACCUGAGGAGGAAGAAGAAGAGCCUCAGGAACUUCCGGCGAUCGUUGAAUUGCGGGAAAGUCUCAAGGCUCAGGAGGAGAAAACCGCGAAUGCGCUCAAGCAUGCGAUGGACAGUGCCCGCAAAGCCGACAACGAAAAGUGGAGGAAGGUCAACCAGCUGGAGGAGGCGCUGGCGAAGCUGGACACAGAGCUGGCAAAUGAGCACACCAAGAGCGACAAGAUGGAGGCUCAAUUCUUGAAUGCAGUCAAGGAUAUUCAGAAGUCAGUGGAGGAUUUAGAAGAUCGCAUGAAAUAUUUUGCGGUGACGGAGGCGCGGAAAAUCACUGGGGAGCUUCUUUUCGCACGCGAGUCAGUCAGCGAGGACCAGUUGGAGAUCCCCGGUGAAGACAAAGUUGCUUCAGCGCAGGUGGCAACGGCGCAACGAGCCUCAGACCUGGUGACUUCAAGCACGCGGAGAGUGUCCGUGCCCGAGGUGCAAGAUGCAGCCACGCUCCUUGCAGAGCGCCGUGAGAAGGCCUUGCAGGUCGCCCGGCAGGGCAUGGUCGGUGAUUUCAAGGGUCCAGGUGUGUGGCGAGAAGCCCUGAUGAACAUGGUGGACAUCGGCCUCAUGCAGCCCAUGCGAGAGGAGGUGGAGAAGCUACAGCGGGACCUCGUGAAGCAGCGGGAAGCGUUUGAGAAAAAGAUCCGCGCAAAAGAGAAGGAGAUUGCAGAAGUAAAUGUGAAGGGCCAGAAGCUCACGCGCGACCUGCGAGAUGAGAGUGAUGCACGGAAAGGGGAGGCCAUCGAGAAUGUAUCUACAUUCCAGAAGGUUUAUAAGCUGAUCCUUGAGUGUGGAGAAAAAGCGGCACAAGAUACUCAACAUGCAAUCGACCGAGUCCGCCUCGUGCAAUCUCAAGUUGAUCAGCACGCCGUUCAGCUGGAUGGACACAAAGAGGACAUUGCAGCCCGCGCCACGCUCGAAGACAGGAAGCAGCUGACGGAGUCUUUGCAAAAAUGCGUCGCCAAGGAAGUCUUCAGCAACCAGCUCUUUGAGCUCAAGGAGGUCCUGCAGAAUCAGGGCGAAAAAGUUGCGAACAUCGACAUGCAGGUCUCGGUGCUGGCAAAGGGCAAUGGCGCCAGUCCAUCCAGCAGUGGCAGAAGAGGUGUUGUGAGGAGAGGUCAGCGACUUCGAGUGAUGAAGAGGGAUGCGUCCAAAAGCAGUAUGAGCGCAGCCGCAUCCACUGCUUUGGGCCAGGACAGCACCUCCACCUUCGAGGACGACAAAGGACGGCUAGCAGGCGAAGAUGAUCAAGAGGGGUUUGAAGAGGGCGGGCUUUCGCAGUCGCACAGCGGAACAUCCAAGGUGAGCCUACCUUUGCAUCGCCGCACUGCCUCCGGCAACGGUAUGGAUGAGGAUGAGUAUUAUGACGAGGAUAGUGAAGAAAUGAGUCAAUAUUCAGAAGAUCCGGUAGAAGAGCAGCUCAGAGAGCAGGUCCAGGGGAUUUGCAUGGGCCUGGUUUGCCUGGCGCAACAUGUUCUGAGAGGCCCACCCUUGGUGGGCCUCUCCCGUCAGAAUCGACUUCUCAAUGAGAAGGAGCUCUUGGAAGAGUUGCUGAGUCUGCGGUAUUGGGUUACCCACCGCAGAAUUCCUCCUGACUGGAGCCUGGACCGUUUGACAACGGUCGCCCUGAAGUACUCGAACCCGAAUCCCAUGGAGGUGCAUGGGCCACAGCCCGACAUGAUCAACAUACUCCGGCGGCAGGCCAGCCCACGAGAUGGCGAAAAGAGACCCAGCCGGCACCCCCUGGACACCUCAGUGGGAUCCAUCGGGAUCUCGGGGGGCGUUGGAAGCAGCGCAGGUGGAGGAGCGGGCAUCUUUGGUGGACCCAUCGAGGAUGCCACACUACUGCCCAGCCCUGCUUCCAAGCUUCCAGUUCUGGAGGGUAGUCAAGUGGUGCCGAUCGACAAGGUCGCUGGCAGUUCAAAUGGCUGGCGAUCUUUGAAGAUGCCGAUGUCUGCACGCGAGCUCAGAAGCACUGGAAACAUGGCAUCGACUUUGCCACCACUACACAGUUGA